AUGGUAAACAACGCUAUUAAAAGUCUGAAAGAACGCGGCGGAUCGUCGCUGCAGGCGAUUAAGAAAUAUAUGUCGGCCAAUUAUAAAAUCGACGCCGAGAAAAUGUCAACGUUCAUUAAAAAGUAUUUAAAGUCAGCUGUUCAAGCGGGCACACUGAUUCAAACAAAGGCAAAGAGCGGCGGCGAAAGCGGUGUUUCGGCGGCUGGAAAAGCCAGGACCGCUAAGACGCCAGCGGCAAAAGCAAAAUCGAAGACAGCAAAGUCGAAGGGCGCCGCCAAACCUGCUUCGUCCCCUAAAAAGAAGUCUGCAUCCGCAGCGGGCACAUUAAAAAAGUCGUCGGCGAAACCUAAGACGACAGUCGAUAAGAAGAAGACCAUUCAGGGUAAGUCGACGAAAGCCUCAUCGGCCAAGGCAACGAGCAAAACGAAGAAAACCGUCAAGACCGCAGCCGCAAAGAAACCUAAAUCGCCAAAGAAGACAUCAAAAGUAGCCAAACCUUUGAAAAAAGCGUCACCGAAAAAGAAGUGA